AACUUAGUUUGGCCGUUAAGAAAUAAACAUUGAAAAAAUCUAUUGUUUGUAGGUACAAAAUUAAUUAUUAUUAAAUCAAGAUAAGGUGGGAAAUAUGAAUAAGCCAUUGAAGUGGCAUUUGAUACCAAACAAUAAUGGACAUCCGCCAGUUCCCACACAGGGACACCGAGCAAUAUGUAAUAAGGAUUUAAUGAUAGUUUUUGGUGGUGAGAGUGGUGAUAUCAGGAGUUCAAAGAUGCAUAUCUAUAGUGCAGGAAAAGAUAUGUGGGGAUUUGUAAAUAUUAAAGGGUAUCUUCCAGCAUGUGCCUAUUUUGAAUGUGUGGAUCUUAACGAAAAGAUAUUAUUCUUUGGAGGAAGGAACAAUAGUGGAAUAUAUACUGAUGUACUUUAUGAGUUACAGGCACAAAUAUGGGAAUGUAAAUUAUUAGCACCAACAAAACCAAUAAAUGGAGAUUCUCCUUGUCCGAGAUCAGGGCAUAGUUUUACUUUAAUAAAUUCAAAAGUUUACCUAUUUGGUGGUGUUACCAAUGCUAGUGGAGACCCCAAGAACACUACGCCAAAGUAUUUAAAUGACCUCUAUACCUUAGAUAUUACCACUGAUCCUUAUCGAUGGGAGAUUCCGAAAACACAUGGCCCAACUCCUUGUCCAAGAAAAUCACAUACCGGUGCAGCAUAUACUGAUAAACAGAAUCGUUCAUUUUUAAUAAUAUAUGGAGGUGUAAACGGAUCAAUCUUAGGUGAUUUAUGGUUUCUGGAUACAACUACAAUGACUUGGUCACAACCAAAAAUAGCAGGUAUUCAACCUCUGCCUAGAUUUCUACACACAUCCACAGUGAUUGGCCACAGAAUGUUUAUUUUUGGGGGAUUUGUUCAAACAAUUGCCCAACUGUUGUUCUCAGGAGAUAUCAACCCCGAAGUUGAAACAUCUCAAGAGUGUACAAAUAUCUUGAAAUGUCUGAAUUUAGGGACAAUGAGCUGGGAUGAAUUAAAUGUCCAACAAGAAAAUGAACUCGAUUUGCCCUGUGCCAGAUCGUCCCACAGUGCAGUGGCAAUUGGUUCAAGACUCUACAUUUGGUCUGGUCGAGAUGGAACUGUAGAGGGUGAAAUUCAGGCACUCUGCAAAGAUUUAUGGUACUUAGAUGUCGAUAGACCUCCUUCUCCUGGUCUUGUAGAAUUGCUUAAAGCAGAAAUGCAUAGCAUUAAAGUUAAAUGGAGAGGAGCAUUACCUGCAGAUACAUACCUCUUACAGGUACGAAAAUGUAAAUAUGUCGCUACAACCGAAACAAACACUUCAGCAACUAGACCUGUGUUGGUUCCAACGACGAAGACAAAUAUUUUAGUUGGAACUAACAUUAAUACGAAAGACCAACCAUCAAAAAAACCAGUUAUAAUUCGUAUUAAUCAGUUAGGAGCUACUACUCUUUCAAAAGCAGCCGUACAAACAUUUAAAUAUCCCCCUGCUACUGAAACAAAAACUUUAGCAACUAGACCAGUCCUAGUUCCUUCAUCAAAGAUAAAUGUGGAAACAAGCAUUAAUACAAAAGAUAUACCUGUUAAGAAAGGUUCAGCAAUUCCUAUUCGUCGUGUAGGAACUACUAAUGUGUUGAGCACUAAAGUACAAAAAUUGCCCACUACUAGUACAAUAACUUCAGCGUCUAGAGCAGCCUGGGCUCCAUCGCCUAAAAUAAAUAUCGCAGUGCGACCAAAUAUUAAUACAGAAGAUAAACCUGUAAGAAAGACGGUUACAAUCUCACGUGUAGGAACUACUAAUGUUUCGGAUAGUAGAGUACAAAAAUUGCCCACUACUAGUACAAUAACUUCAGCGUCUAGAGCAGCCUGGGCUCCAUCGCCUAAAACAAAUAUCCCAGUGCGACCUACUAUUAAUACAGAAGAUAAACCUGUAAGAAAGACGGUUACAAUCUCCCGUGUAGGAACUACUAAUGUUUCGGAUAGUACAGAAAACGUUAAUAUCGAUCAAAGUGAACUUAACUUUGUACCAAUUUAUCUGGGCCGGAAUAAUCACUGUAUUGUAACUAACUCAAUUUUGACUGCCGCCUACGUAGACAAGACGCAAGGGAUUUAUUUCCGUAUUGCUGCAAAAAAUAAGAAAGGUUACGGACCCGCUACCCAGCUUAAGUACGAAAAAGGUGGAUUGUUGUACAAGCCAAGGAGUGCUCAUAGAAGUACCUAAAUUUCAUAUAAACUAGUAUUAAGUAAAAUUAGUUUUUGCUGUUCAGUAUUAAAUAAGACUUCCGAUAUAUCUCUAUUAAAUGUAUGUUUUGUUUGUGAUAUUUUAGCUUAGUUUAUAAAGAAGUUUAAGUAAAUAUUUUAGUACAAAUAAUUUAAAAGAUAUAUAGUUCACACAGUAAUAUAAAAGUUCCUAUGUUUCUAUUAAAUAUGUGGUUUGUUAUAUUUUUGAUAUUUAAUAUGAAAAUAUAUUUUCUUUUGAAAGUGGAGACUUUGAGGAGUCUUCAACAAUACUAAAGUUAUAAAAAUAAAGCUGCCUUAAAUAAUAUGCACUUUGAUCAGGAACUUUGAGGAGGACCAAAUUUUUUUGGCAGUGACUAGGUCUUCCCAUUUUCCUGAAGAAAUUGGAAAAAUGCUUUCGCUCGAAGCUUUUCGAGCUCGAAUGCUUUUCUUGUAUUUACUGCUUUCACUUAACUCUAAAUUUUAUGUUUGUAAAACUAUUUUUGUACUAUAAAUUAAAAAAAUUGUGUUUU